GAAAUCACGGCCAGCGACGCUCGUUGCAGGGCAUGAAACCACCCAGCAAAAUUCUUGGACCACCGCGCGUACAGAGAUCUUCCUUGUCCACGGGCGCCCAUAGCGGCCAGCAGCUAUAACGUUGCCGUCAUCCAUCUGCGCCCAAGCCGCUCCGCACUUGCAGGUUGCAGGCUAUAGUUGCGCCAGAAACACAGCACACCUCAUGCACGCUGCCGCGCAAAUAUUCCAUCGUCCUAUGGUGGAGGAGACUAGCGAGACACAGCACCCGCCAACGGCCUACCACACGGCGACGGAGAGCUCGCCGACGACUCCCCUGCAAACAUCGCGAGCGCAAGCGUGGCUUGGACGCACCAGCCUCAGAUUGGGAUCGCACGAUCGAGCCUAGAGGGCGCGGUGCCCACCUCACUGGCGCUGGAGACCGAUGUACCCCGGCCAGCACCAGCAGGGCCAUGCCGAGAUGGCCGGCAGCGGAGCGGUGGAUAUGGGCAUGAUGACUGCUGAUGCCAGCGGGUUGAAUGGCCUCGACAUCGACAUGAGCCUGCCCAUGGACUUGGACCUUGAUCUGUCGGGCAACGGCGACCAGUCGUUCAAUCCCAUCGGCGUCUCUACGGCGCCCGCUCCGGAGACCAACUCCAUCAUUGCCAGUAAUGGCGCGGGUGGCUACACUCCCCAAGGCCAGCACCAGCAGCAGGACAGCAACAUGUCGGGUGCUGGUGCUGGGCCGCUGCCCACCGGCUUCGGAAUGCCACCGCAGUCGAACCAGAGCACCUUGACCGAGUUCACGAAGCGGAGGAAUUGGUCGCAAAGAAUCAUCGAAGAGCUGAAAGACUUCCUACAUAUCCUCACGCCAGAUGGACGGAUAUUGUACGUCUCGCCAUCUUGCAAGACGAUCACGGGCUACGAACCGCACUCCCUUAUCGGCAAAUUUAUUGGAGAAUAUGUGCACCCAGACGAUAGUGGAAUAUUUAUGAGGGAGUUCAAUGAGAGUAUCGCGAGUGGAAAUGCGCUUCGCUUCUUCUACCGAUUUAAGAAAGACGAUGGGACAUACAUGAUAUUCGAGUGCGAUGGGCAUCCACACAUAUCGCCUGAGCCUGCAGGGGCAGCAACUUUUGGACAGACGCCAAAUGGACAGACCUUGCCAGUAGCAGGCUUGUGCCGAGGAUUCUUUAUGAUGGCACGGCCAUAUCCCACCAAAAAUGCUGCUUUAUUGGAUUCUUUCCUCGAACAUAAGAUUGAGAACGAACGAUUGAUGAGGCGGAUUAUGGAGCUCAAGGAGGAGGAGAAGGAAGAGACAGCGGAGCAAGAGCGCAUGUUCCGGGAGCAAACAUCACAGGCUGGCGCAACACCCUCCCAUUCUGGUAUGGGAGCCUCACGAGAGCCCGAAAGCGGUGCUUCAGAGGUGCCUGCUAAUGCCACACCCAACUAUCAAGGCAUGCCACCGCCUGCCAAGCCUCCUAUCUCUAAUACUGCGCUCACUAGGCAGAACCUGGACAGCGCGCUCUCCUCACAGAAGCCCGACAGUAUUGCAGACAAAAUGUCGCGAUAUGAAGCAAAUAAUACCCACUUGGAGAGCAUCGAACUAUUGACAGGAUUACGAUACCGCGAUGGCGAGCGGAGUCAUGGUAUUAGUACUGGCGAUACCUCGCCUGCUUUAAUUCGUGGAGAUGCCGGCAUCGCGAUCCUACUGGACCGGGACAGGGAAGGCUCCAAGAAGGAGAAGAAGAAAAUGAAGGUUGCCGAUGAGUACGUAUGUGCGGACUGCGGUACAUUAGACUCACCGGAAUGGCGCAAAGGACCCAAGGGACCUAAAACCCUUUGCAACGCGUGCGGCUUAAGGUGGGCUAAGAAGGAGAAGAAGCGCACUGGAGACGAUGGAAAGCCAAACAGUCCUGUUGCUGGAAUGGCGGGACAGCCACCCAUGCCUCACGGUUUGCCUAUGGGCAUGACGAGUGCCGGGCAACCGCCUGGUAUGCCGAUGCAGCACAGUAGUACCAGUUCAUGAGAUCUGCGCUGAGGUUUCAAAUCGGGCAUACGAGCAUGUCCUACGUUCAACGCACAGCGUAUGCAGCCGCUCGGCCAUUUGCUGAGCAUCUCCUUGUCGCGUCACCCAUCGCCACUGCCAGGCCAUUAUCAGCGGGCAUCGGUCGUCACACUUCACAGCGCCGGCCCCGAUAGGUUCAACGUGAGCACCAUCCGGACUCCUCUCGGUCGCCGAUGCUCAUGAGCACUCGAGAAUCGGCCCUGGCGUCACGUUUACAGCCACUGCACCGGUCCGUGGCUGACGUUACGACGUGCGAGGCACAAGGGAAUCGUUGUGAGCGAGGGGACAUCUGGACACAGCACCCAGGAGUAUGUGGCGCUUGUAUAGACGGUUUGUGCGUAUCGUUGCGGAAGCGCGAGACACCCCUUCCCAUCAUUCACGUGAAUGGGAAAUGAUGACCAGAAAUAUUCUUUAUAGCAUUUUCGAGCGUAUCGGAAGCUUAAUUUUAUUCAAUAUCAACGGCCG